CGCACACUCACAAUCUCUCUCUCUCUCUCUCUCAUCAAUACACACUUUCAAAGUCACAUUGAUCUUCUCUGUCUAAUUUGUUCACUUUUGGGUUUGAAGCCUUAAUUUGUAGAUUUUGGGACAGAAGAGAGAGAGAGAGAGGAUGGGAGAGAUGAAGAGCUUCCAAUUGGGUGUCAUCGGGGCACUGUUUCUCUCAGUUGCAUCAUCGGUCUCCAUUGUCAUCUGCAACAAAGCUUUGAUGAGCAAUCUUGGCUUCCCUUUUGCGACAACACUCACGAGUUGGCAUUUGAUGGUAACAUACUGCACGCUCCAUUUGGCGCAUCGGCUCAACUUCUUUGAGAACAAACCUAUCGACAUGAAAACCGUCGUCCUCUUCGGCAUCCUCAACGGCGUCUCCAUCGGUCUCCUCAACCUCAGCCUUGGCUUCAACUCCAUCGGCUUCUACCAAAUGACCAAACUUGCCAUCAUACCCUUCACUGUUCUGUUGGAAACCCUCUUCCUCAACAAGCAGUUCAGCAAGAAAAUAAAAUUAUCAUUGUUUCUGCUGCUGCUUGGGGUUGGAAUAGCAUCGAUCACAGAUCUUCAGCUCAACCUCGUCGGAUCAGUUCUCUCUCUCCUCGCCAUUGUCACUACUUGCGUCGGCCAAAUCCUGACGAACACGAUUCAGAAGAGAUUGAACGUAUCGUCGACGCAACUGUUGUACCAAUCAGCGCCAUUCCAAGCAGCCGUAUUGUUCGUGUCGGGUCCCGUGGUCGACAAAUUCCUCACUCGCCUCAACGUCUUCUCUUUCCACUACUCCCCCGUUGUCCUGGGGUUUAUAAUACUGUCGUGCAUGAUAGCAGUGGCGGUGAAUUUUAGCACGUUCCUGGUGAUAGGGAAGACAUCGCCGGUGACAUAUCAAGUGCUGGGACAUCUGAAGACGUGUUUGGUGCUUGCGUUCGGAUACACGCUUCUCCACGACCCUUUCACUCCUCGCAACGUCUUCGGCAUUCUCGUCGCUGUCUUCGGCAUGAUCCUCUACUCCUACUUCUGCUCCCUCGAGCUCAAAUCCAAACAAGCCUCCUCCGAUGAUAAGGUGAAAGAUAAGGACACAACUCCACUUUUAGGUCAAGAAAAAGAAAACCACGAAGCCAAGAAGACAGAUAAGCAUUCUCUUGUAUGAACGAUGAUCCAUUAGUCUCCCUCUCUCUCUCUCUUUCUGUAAUUGAAACAUGAAAUGUACCCGUUUUUUUUUUGUUGAAUUUACAAUUUGACCUUCUUGUCCUUCAUUCUAUAUUUUUUUCAUACAAUACUUUCUCCAUCUCUUC